AUGUCUAUUUCAAAUGAAACUGCUUUUAUGCCUUCUAUUUUGACAUUCAUAGGAAUUCCAGGCCUAGAAACUGUGCAAAGCUGGAUUGGAAUUCCAUUCUUUGCUAUUUAUUUUAUUGGUAUGAUUGGAAAUUUUUUGCUUUUGAUCAUCAUCAAAUCAGAGCGCAGUCUCCAUGAACCCAUGUAUAUUUUCCUAGGAAUGCUUGGAGUCACAGAUAUGGCACUGGCAACAAGUAUUGUGCCCAAGAUGCUUGGAAUAUUUUGGUUUCAUGUAGCAGAAAUUUACUUUGUUUCUUGUUUACUUCAAAUGUGGUUCAUUCACACAUUUCAAUGUAUAGAGUCAGGCAUCCUGGUUUCUAUGGCCCUGGAUCGUUAUGUGGCCAUCUGCUAUCCACUGAGACAUACUUCCAUCUUCACCCCAAAACUACUAAUCCAAAUUGGGGUUGCGGUUAUACUCAGGUCAGCCAUUAUAGUAGCCCCGUGUUUAGUACUGAUAAAGUGCAGGUUUCAAUUUUAUCAUGCAACUGUCAUCUCCCAUACUUACUGUGAGCACAUGGCCAUUGUGAAAUUGGCUGCAGGAGAUACUCGAAUCAACAAAAUUUAUGGCUUGUUUGUAGCCUUUACAGUUGCAGGAUUUGACCUCAUAUUUAUCACCUUGUCCUAUAUACAGGUGUUUAUUACAGUUUUUCGUUUGCCCCAGAAGGAGGCGAGAUGGAAAGCUUUCAAUACUUGCAUUGCUCACAUAUGUGUCUUCCUCCAAUUCUACCUCCUUGGUUUCUUCUCCUUCUUUACACACAGAUUUGGUUCUCAUAUUCCUCCUUACAUCCACAUCCUUGUUUCUAGCAUUUACUUGUUGGUCCCUCCUUUCCUUAAUCCAAUUGUUUAUGGUGCAAAGACAAAGCAGAUUCGUUUAUAUGUUGUGAAAAUGUUGUGUUCCUAA